AUAAGCUCUUGUUGCUUUGUGCCAAAUGGAGGGUCCUUAGUCCUUUCUCCCUCUCUCUCUCUCUCUCUCUCUCUCAGAAUUUCAAUUCUUCGCUGCUAAAAUCAAAGCAAAAAAAAAAUAAAAAACCUCCAAUCGAUCCUCAUAUUCAGCUUCAAAUCCACAAAUCUAAUCUAACCAGGUUACAGAGAAUUCUGAGUGUUUUUCUUCUUCAUUCUGAUGUCACCACCACUAGUUGGUGUUGUGGAGGAGGAGGGUCAGAGCAAUGUCACUGUACUGGCUUCUUCCACCUCUGCAGAAAGCGUAUGCCAGAACAGCUCUGAAUUAAAAGAGCGAAACUAUAUGGGAUUGUCAGAUUGUUCCUCCGUAGACAGUUCAGUAGUUCCUUCUGCAUCUGAUGAGAGAAAGAAUCGUUUGAAUUUGAAGGCUACAGAACUGCGACUUGGGCUUCCGGGGUCUCAAUCUCCUGAAAGGAAUUCAGAGCUCUGCCUGUUGAGCUCUACGCAACUUGAUGAGAAGCCCUUCUUCCCCUUGCAUCCCUCUAAUGAUGGUCACUGCUCUUCAGCACAGAAAAAUGUGGUUUUGGGUAACAAAAGAGGGUUCUCUGAUGCUAUGGAUGGGUUCUCAGAGGGUAAGUUUCUUUCAAAUUCAGAGGUUAAUGUGAUACUUUCGCCUAGGCCUUCUUCAAACUUGGGAUUGAAACCUGGUUCUGCACUUGAAAACUUUGGGCCUCAAGCAGGUAAAGUGAAAGACAUAGUUGCACCAAAGGUGCCACAGGAGAGGCCUCAUGGAACACAUGAUAACAGACCAAAUCACAGUGCUUCUACAAACAACAACAGUAGUGCACCUGCAACCAAGGCACAGGUUGUGGGUUGGCCACCUAUUAGAUCAUUUAGGAAGAAUUCUCUUGCUACCACAUCAAAGAACACUGAGGAAGUGGAUGGAAAAGCAGGGUCCGGUGCUUUGUUUGUUAAGGUUAGCAUGGAAGGUGCCCCUUAUUUGAGAAAAGUAGACUUGAGAAACUACUCUGCAUAUCAGGAACUAUCUUCUGCCCUUGAAAAGAUGUUCAGCUGCUUUACUAUAGGUCAAUAUGGAUCUCAUGGAGCUCUGGAAAGAGAGAUGCUGAGUGAGAGCAAGCUGAAGGAUCUGCUUCAUGGUUCAGAAUAUGUUCUUACCUAUGAGGAUAAAGAUGGUGACUGGAUGCUUGUUGGUGAUGUUCCAUGGGAGAUGUUUAUUGAUACAUGCAAGAGGCUAAGGAUCAUGAAGAGCUCUGAUGCCAUUGGCCUAGCUCCAAGGGCUGUAGAGAAAUGCAAGAACCGGAACUAGCCAGUCAAGCUAUCCAUCCAGCACGCCAUGUUUGAAAAAUUGAUACUGAAGCUCAUGAUUCAAAAUUCCUACAAGGAGAGCAGGGAAAGCUAGGGUGCUGGAUUGGGUAUAUGAUAUCAUGGGUAUCUGAAUCUUAUUUAUGUUUUUUCAUUUCAAGAAGAUUCAUGUUUCCUAAGCUUCGGUAAGUUUACAAAAAAAGAAAUAAAACUUCGAAAGACCUGUGUAUUUGAGAGUGUCACAAUUGCUCUCUGUUUUUAUGUCUGGACAAGUUCAUGUUCGUAGUCUGUAAAUUGCAUCGUCUGUUUAUCUCAUUAUGCAAUGUCUGUAUGGUGAAAACCUCUAAUUUCAGACAAUCUAGCAUUCUGACUUUUAUCCUGUAA